AUGCCUUCAGUGAUUGAAUCAAAUGAAACUGCUAUUCCGCCGGAGCAGAAGUACUUCACCGAAGCAGCGAAACGCCUGAAAAAGGAGGGCACCGAUCAAUUCGAAGAGCUUCAUUUCAGCACGAACGAACGUCUGCGAAGUCUAGCAGGAGAUCCUUGGGCUGAUCAUGCGGCAUUGGACAGGCUCCCGUUACCCGUCCGGGAUGGCGGCAGCAUCAAAUUCCUGAUCACCGGCACCGGCUUCGGUGGCAUUAUUAUGGCGAUCAAGUUGGUGCAAGCCGGAUUUACGGCGGAACAAAUCGUACUUGUCGAAGCGGGAGGAGGCGUCGGAGGCACUUGGUAUUGGAACCGCUAUCCAGGCCUACAUUGUGAUGUAGAGUCAUAUUGUUACAUGCCGUUCCUAGAAGAGACGGGCUAUAUGCCGAAGCAGAAGUAUUCUUCAGGUGUCGAGAUUCGAAGGUAUAUGGAAUAUCUUGUCGAGCAUUUUGGCUUGAAAGAUCGCAUCAUAUUCCGAUCGCAGGUGAGGAAACUGCAGUGGGACGGGAGCAGCCGCAAUUGGCAGACAACCAUCAAACUUGGACGCGGCCCUGAUGGACAAGAAGAGAAGACGUUAUCCAUACAGGCGGACUUUGUUACACUUGCUAGCGGACUGUUCCCAUAUCCACAGGUGCCUAGAGUCCCUGGCCUUGCCGAUUUCAAGGGACAAAUGUUCCAUACAUCUCGGUGGGACUAUGGUAUAACUGGUGGCUCGUAUGGUACUACUUUCCCGGAAAUGGAAAAGCUCAAAGGCUUGCGCGUAGGUGUCAUCGGCACCGGGGCGACAGCGAUACAAAUAAUCCCGCUGCUGGCCAAGUAUGCGCAGGAACUCUACAUUUUUCAACGCACACCAUCACACGUCCACACUCGAGGGCAGAAGGACACCGACCCGAAAGAAUGGCGUGAGAAAAUCGCGGCAAAGCCAGGAUGGCAAAAGGAACGCGUUGAGAAUCUGGCUGAGAGGCUUGCAGGACAUACCGAAGUUGACCUAGUCAAUGACAAUUGGUCGAGACUGAACGCUUACCUUGCGCUCAUUGGAAGCAAGCGCUUUGGAAAAAUCGCACCCGAAAAAGCGAAGAGCCAUAUUGACAGAAUGCUUUUACUGGAUUCUGAACAGAGUAAGAAGGCGCGAGCACGUAUCCCAACGGUGGUGAAAGAUGGACAGACGGCAGAAAAGUUGACAGCUUGGUACCCAACGUGGUGCAAACGACCAACCUUCAGUGACGUGUAUCUCGAAACUUUCAACAACGAGAACGUACAUCUUAUCGAUACCGACGGCAAAGGUAUCCAAAGCGUCACGCCAAACGGGAUCGUUGCCAACGGCCAAGAAUAUCCCGUCGACAUCCUCAUCCUGAGCACAGGAUACCGUUCGCCUCAAGCUGGCGGCGACCCUGGUUCCCGCACUGAUAUUGAGGUCAUUGGUCGAGAUGAUCAGAAGCUAUCAGAGAAGUGGGAAAAGGAAGGCGUUUGCACGCUGCACGGCGUGUGUUCGAACGGCUUUCCCAAUUUCUUCUGGCAGUCUGCCUCUCAAGCUGGCGCGACCGCGAACUACUCGCACAUCAUAGAUGUCGUGAGCGAACACAUUGCCGGAAUCAUCGCUCAGGGACACGAACGCACGACUGACAAAUCACAAAAGGUGGUGAUUGAGACCUCGAAAGCGGCAGAAGAAGAAUGGGGUAUGCGGAUUGCGCAAGAUGCCGCUGUCUUCAGUGCAGUCUCUAUAUGCACUCCUGGAUACAUGAAUUUAGAGGGCGAGGCGUUCAAGAUGCCGGAUGCUAACGAUCAUGUCGCUAUGAUCAAGAAAGCAAAAGCAGCUGUCUGGUGGGCUGGCUUGGUGGACUUUACUAGGAUGAUUGAGGAAUGGCGCAGUACUGGGGAUCUUAAUGGUUUGCAGGUUACUGUCGUUUGA